GGUUUGGGGGGUGGUUGGGGGCAGGUGAAGAGAAAAAGAGAUCGCACCGAUUCAUCCUCACCGGUUGCCAACCCCGAGUGCGGGCAGUGCAGAAUGCUGUCUGGGUUUUAAUCAGCAAUGAUCCCCGAGCAGCAGCAGCAGCAGCAGCAGCAGCAGCAGCGCAACCAUGUCGCUACCAUCGAGAACAUCCCAACAGAAGCCAUCACCACCGCAUCGCCCACUCUGCUGCAGAGGAUAAGGAAAGUCUUCACAAGAGAGCUGCUGCUGUCACUGGCACUGGGCCAGGUGCUCUCACUGCUCAUCUGCGGCAUAGGCCUGACUAGCAAGUACUUGUCAGAAGACCAUGCCAACACUCCAGUCUUUCAGAGCUUCCUCAACUACAUCCUUCUGUUCCUGGUCUACACGACCACCCUGGCUGUACGGCAAGGGGAAGAAAACCUGUUGGCAAUACUAAAAAGAAGAUGGUGGAAGUACAUGAUCUUGGGAAUAAUAGAUAUAGAAGCCAACUACCUUGUAAUAAAGGCUUAUCAGUACACAACACUGACUAGUGUACAGCUACUGGACUGUUUUGUUAUUCCAGUGGUGCUGUUGCUGUCUUGGUUCUUCUUGUUGGUGAGAUACAAGGCUCUUCACUUCAUUGGAGUUGGCAUUUGCCUGUUGGGAAUGGGAUGUAUGGUGGGUGCAGAUGUACUUGUUGGGAGACAUCAAGGAGCUGGUGAUAACAAGCUUCUUGGAGAUCUGCUAGUGUUAGCAGGUGCUACACUCUAUGGAAUUUCCAAUAUCUGUGAGGAAUACAUUGUGAAGAACUUGAGUAGGGUGGAGUUUCUAGGAAUGAUUGGACUGUUUGGGUCUUUCUUCAGUGGUAUACAGCUGGCUAUAAUGGAACAUAAGGAACUGUUAAAAGUACCAUGGGAUUGGCAAAUAGGGCUGCUGUAUGUUGGCUUCAGCGCCUGUAUGUUUGGUCUAUACAGCUUCAUGCCUGUGGUCAUUAAGCGAACCAGUGCCACAGCUGUCAACCUCUCCCUAUUAACUGCAGACAUUUACAGUCUCUUUUGUGGAUUGUUCCUUUUCCACUACAAGUUUUCAGGACUCUACUUUCUGUCUUUUUUCACGAUCAUACUGGGAUUAAUCCUCUACACUUCCACAUCUACUUACGUGGCCCAAGAUCCACGCGUAUACAAGCAAUUCCGCAAUCCAGUCGGUCCUGUGAUAGAGAUACCAUCCACUGGACAAAUGGAGCCAUCAGUCACCUACUCCAGCCUAGGCCAGGAGACGGAGGAGGAAGCUCAUGUCCGAGUCCCAUAAGAAGACACUGAGCACACUCUCUGGCACUUCAGUGAGCCUUGAUCUGUAUUCCUGGAUUGUUUUUUUUAUGUUUACAUCACCUCAUUUCCCUUCUUAUUUUUUGGUUGGUUUAUUGCAUUUUAGUAUUUAUUUUUCAAGCCAAAUUUCUAGAAUUCUUUUUACUAAUUAUAGAUUUUAGUAAAUUGCAACUUGAGACAAUUGGGUUUAAAGUAUAUCCAGGUCAGUUCACUGACUACGAGUUUUUAAAGUGCAUUGCAAUCAACUGAUGGUUAAAAAAGUGCCAUCUAAAACACUUUUUUAUAAUAUAGUCUAUAUAUCGCUACCACUGUAUGGGUAUAAGGGGGAUUUUAACUGAGUCUAAAUAUGCACUGUAUUUUUUCUCAUUUCCAUACUUUCCCAUCUUUUUGCACAUAAAUGUUUCCAUGUUAAGGCCAUCUAAGAAGUCAUUUAAAGGGUGACAUUAUCUUUCUUUCUGUAUGAAGCACCAUUAUAUGACCUCUGAACCUGUGUCAUUUCUAGAAUGGUUUAUUGUAUAGUUUAGAAUUUGCUAACUUGUGCUGUUAACCUUUUGAAAAAGAUGUGUAGUAUCUUUGUGUUGCUUUAACAAUUAGUAUACUUCACAGUUAGGUAGAAAAAGUAUGGACUGUACCCCAUGGGUAGAAAUCUACUGUUAAUGAAAUAAAUACAAUAACAUAGCACAGUUAACUCAACACCGUAACAGGAAAACAAACCAAAAACUGCACAGUUCAACUGAAAGAAGCCCUUUAUCUUUUUGAUAUCUGCAUGCUCUUUAUGGACUGGCUGUGACAAUGUAAUGCCUGUAUGAUGUUUUCAAAUAAAUGCUUUAUGAAAGAUAAUAUCACAA